ACCUCUGAGAACAACACUCCUGGCAGCAUAUACUCAUAAAUCACAUAGCUAGUUGUUUAAAGUAAGAGAGAAGAAAGAAGCAAAUGGCAAACUUUCCAGUUGUUGACAUGGGGAAGCUUAACACCGAAGAGAGACCUGCAGCCAUGGAGAUUAUAAAAGAUGCCUGUGAGAACUGGGGUUUCUUUGAGUUGGUGAACCAUGGGAUAUCCAUUGAGCUUAUGGACACAGUGGAGAAGCUCACAAAAGAGCAUUACAAGAAGACUAUGGAGCAAAGGUUCAAAGAAAUGGUGACCAGCAAAGGUCUUGAGUCAGUUCAGUCAGAAAUCAAUGACUUGGACUGGGAAAGCACCUUUUUCCUGCGCCAUCUUCCACUCUCCAACGUUUCAGACAACGCAGAUCUUGAUCAAGAUUACAGGAAGACAAUGAAGAAAUUUGCUCUGGAACUGGAGAAACUUGCAGAGCAGCUUCUAGACUUGCUAUGCGAGAAUCUGGGCCUGGAGAAAGGGUACCUGAAGAAGGUGUUCUACGGAUCCAAGGGUCCAAAUUUUGGGACAAAAGUGAGCAACUACCCUCCUUGUCCCACCCCUGAUCUGAUCAAGGGACUAAGAGCUCACACUGAUGCUGGUGGCAUAAUUCUACUCUUCCAAGAUGACAAGGUGAGUGGCUUGCAGCUCCUCAAGGAUGACCAGUGGAUCGAUGUCCCACCAAUGCGUCACUCCAUUGUAAUCAACCUUGGUGACCAACUUGAGGUCAUAACCAAUGGCAAGUACAAGAGUGUGAUGCACCGAGUGAUUGCUCAAACCGAUGGUACCAGAAUGUCCAUAGCUUCUUUCUACAACCCUGGUGAUGAUGCUGUCAUUUCUCCUGCACCAGCCUUGGUGAAGGAAUUAGAUGAGACAAGCCAAGUGUACCCAAAAUUUGUGUUUGAUGAUUACAUGAAGCUCUAUGCUGGUCUCAAGUUUCAGGCUAAAGAGCCAAGGUUUGAAGCUAUGAAGGCCAAUGCAAGCGUAGUUGAUGUGGGGGCCAUAGCCACAGUUUGAGUCUCAGGGCUCUCAGCAUGUGGAAUCGGUUAUGUGUGUUUCUGUUAAUAAUAAACAAAGGCUACUCACAACAUAUUACUAGUGUUUGGUGUCCUUGGAUAAUUGGCAUGGAAGCUUGUGCUUGUGCAGUAUAAUCAAACCUUAUAUAGUUCAAAAAAUAAAAGUUAUUAGGUUGAUCUUAAUUAGUUUGUGCGUGUGAUCCAUGAUAUGAUGUCGCCUGUGAUAUGAUGGUUAAGAUAGUGUGGUAUGUAGUGAUACACUGUUUUAGAAAGUAGUCUCAUCUUGCCCAUAUUACAAGGAACUGUCUCUCAUAAUUCCUCUUUGGCUUAUGAUUAUAUGAACAAUAUAGAGUGAACGAUAUAUUCUUACUUUUUUCUUUCUA